GACCAGUACUCUGGGAAACAAUCGUCGUCUCCACCACAUCGUCAUUGCGUACCUAGCUAUUAAAUGGUCUUUUUCCUCGGUCCGUCGUUGGACAGAGACUAUCAGGGCAAAAGCACGCCAGUAAGCUCUACCGUGUAUUGUGUCUCAGCCUCAUUCCCGAACAAGUCAGACGCCCAGGACGCCCCGCCCGCGCUGUCCGUCUGUCAUAUCUCGUGAACGCCAUACAUCAUCUUGACUCGGAUCGUCGUCCUCUCUCACUCACCACAACUCACACAAAUACUUCUCUGUGCUCGACACACACAUCAAUGGGCUCACAAUCCUGACCGAGCUAGCUGUCUUGCCUCGGCCCGGCCUGCUCUGCCCGCGUCACCUCCGCCCAAAUGCCCACUUAUCUGUGCCACGGCUUCCGCUGGAAACGCCGCAGCAUACGCGUGUACGUCGUUCUCCAGAACCUCGACGACGCAGCCCCCGAAUGGAUCGUGAAACGGGGCUCCCCGCGGAGCCUCAUCGAGUCGUUCUACAACCUCUUUGACUUCCUCCCCGAGUGCACAUUCCCGCCCACCCGCCGCAGCAGCUUCGCCCCGCGCACUUACUCGCAGCCUCACUCCCUGGACCGCAACAGCAGCAUCGCCGCCGACGACGACGAUGACGCCGCCAGCCACUACACAGCCCGCUCGGCAAGGGGCCGGAGCACCAGCCAGAGCCGCACCGUCGUCGCCCAGCAGUCCCAGCCCCAUCUCCAGUCCCACCAGGACAAGGACAGGGAGAGGGAGUGCAGCAACAGCAGCAGGAAGCGGAGCAAGUCAGAGAUCAGCCGGAAGCCCCUGCCGCCCACCACCCACGCCCCGCCCGGCUACCAGGCUCCGGCACACCAGGCCCCGCCGUCACCGCCUUCGUCCCAGCCCCAGUUCGCCGCCUCGCUGUCGCAUGCCAGCGACGCCGCCACCGCCGACCCCGUGCUGGCCCAGGACUGGUCGCCCGUCAAGGUCCUGGAGGAGCACGACCCGGCCAACCUGGACGAGGUCUCGCGGCCCUACGCCUACGUCGCCGACUACGUCCAGCGCAUCGACGCGUCCUGCAGCAUCGUCGAGGAGAUCGCCAGGUACGAGCACAUGGUGCGCGCCAGCAGGGAGCCCGCCGUCACCGGGCCCAGCUCCGACGAGACCCUCAACGGGAAGCGGGACACGGCCCGCCUGGGCGGCCGAGCCGGCUGGUUCGAGCAGCUGAGGGACCAGCUGCAGAGGGGGGAGGAGAUCAGGUGGUACGUGGUUGUCAAUGGCGACGAGGAGAGGGAGUGGCCGGCCGAGGGGGCCGGGUCGAGGCCCGAGACUAGGGCCCAGGUGGCACACCACACCCAGUACACCCACCAGCAGCUGCUCUUCGAGGGCAAGGACAGGGAGCUCGAGAUGCGGAGGGAGCAGCUCAGGAGGGAUCUCGGCUACGACCAGGGCGGCAUUGACAGGCUGGCCGACAGGAGGUUGGAGAGGAGGCCGCCCGUGGUCCCCAAUAAGGAUCCGCCACCUCUACGGAUUGAAGUCCCCAUGCGUCCUGCCGGCCCCUCGCGCCCGAAGACGCCAAAGACGCCAAAGACACCUGGAAAGGCAUCAUUCCGGAGGCUAUUUGGCAAAUCAAAGUCUGUAGAGCACAUACCGUGAAAGCUCUCGGCGACCGUGGAUACUGAAAACCAUAUUGGCCGCCCGAACCGGACCGGAUGCUUCUGGGGACUCCAGCGUACGCCAUAAGACGGACCAUUAUUUCCCUCGGUUCUCACUGGGUUAAGGAAACCCCAGGGACGGCAUCAUCUUGUUUCGGACGCACUCCACCUAGCAUAUAUCUUGUCUCGCCACCAGCACUAUCCUCCAAUAACCCGAGCUCUGAGGAUGACCGUGCCGCAAGCGUGACAUCGACAUGCGGAAAAUGUCUAGGAGAGGUUGAGCAAUGGAGCUCACGAGGGAAAUGCAGCCAGUGAAGGCUAAAUACAUUGUCCGUCUGUCCAGCAGAGGUUGUUGAUGGAUGAUCCCACAACGCCUCAAGGCGGAACCUGCACAUACCGACUUGGUGUAAAGAGGAGCUGGUUGAUGGCCCUACACCAGAGGACAUGGGCCAAUUUACAGAACUUGAGGAGACAUUGUAUAUCCAACUCGAAACCCCGAAUGCGCUUCCAAAACUAUCCUAGGGUACCAGAGAGAUGCAUAGCGGUACGCGCUUGACGAAGGUAUACGUAAGUGUAUCGUUCGAUCACCAUGAUAGCGAAAUAGAUGUAGUGGCCGAGGAAGCUUCAGCCCCUGAAUC